AUAAAUGAAUCAUAACCGAAGAAUAAUGUUCCCAAAAUGCACAAAACCAAUUUCUAUACAUGGACAAGAAAAAACUGGACAUUAUAAGGAUUUGUAUAUCACUCUACUUGCUUACCGGCUUGAGAGGUUUCUUUUGGUUGAUCAGACAUGGAGUUACAAGUAAUGACAUUAGGCGGUGACCAUUGAUCAGGAGCCAAGAGAAAAUUCAUCGCCUUCCUAUAUAAAUAUUAGCUUGUAUUGCUUUGGAGAUAUUAUAGUUGGUGCUUCAUUCUUUAAACCUCCUAAAAUUCCUGUAAAUUUCAUCAAGACUCUAGAUGUUUGUCCCCAUGUGUAAUGCGACUCAAGAAGUCGAAAAUUCCGAUAAAUCUUUAUCGUUCGUUAUUUUCUUCAUCCUCGCGUUUAUUAGCAACGAGUAAUCCAUCACAUCACCCAACUGCAAACACAAACAAGAUCCUUAAGUUUAUGCACUUAAAGGAAGAAUAGACAAUAACUUUAAGUACGUUUAUUUUCUUAAAAUGUAAAUUUAUUAUUCAUAACGAAAAUUUUCCUACAUUGUACUCUAGGUCUCGGACAACUUGGACGAAAUCACUAACAUAGUUUUUUUUCAAAUAUGUGACAGUACUCAUCAAUAAGUGAAAUGUGAAAGGUUUCUUAGUUUUGUUUAUAACCAAAAGGCGUUUGACUACAACAAUUCAAUUCAACUGCCUAAGAUUUCAUGUUCCAAUGCUUAAUUAAAUACUUACUAGUAAUAACUAUUUAUCCUAUGCAAUUAAGCAGAAAAGACCCUUCGAAUACAACAUCCAACGCCAUUAUUUAACGUGCACGAGCCCAGCCAUAAUUUCAAAACAAAAGAGAAAAAAAAAACAUACUAAACGAUAAGAUGAAUGAUGGAUCGUCCUCAUCAUCAUCAAACACAAAGAUGGACCUGGUGGAUGUAUUAGUAGAUGAAUCCUACUUCUCUGCUUUAUUCGAUUACGAUGAAGUCUUCCCUAUCUCCGACGUCAACUACGCCACAGAGCUUCAUCUCCAAGAAGCUCUCUUCUCUUCUUUGAUCGCUUCAACGGCUAAGAUCAAUAAGAUACCCCAAAUCCAAAGGAGCGUCACUACGCUGAUCAAGCAAGAGCCGGUGAUAAAAAUCGAAAGCGAACCCUUGGAACCAUCCAUAAGGUUAUGUAUGAUUUGCAUGGACGAAAAGCCUUCCUCCGACAUGUUCCGAGGAUCAGUCACAUGCACUCAUGCAUACUGCACUCAGUGCACCAUCCGCUACGUGGCGUCCAAGAUCAAAGAAAACUCAGCGAGGAUCAAAUGCCCUGACGUGGAGUGCACGCGUUCGAUAGAGCCGUACAUGUGUAGAGAUCUGAUCCCAAAGGACGUGUUCGAGCGUUGGGAGAAGAUCUUGUGCGAGUCGUUGAUUUCUUCAUGGGACAAGCUGUACUGCCCGUUCAAAGACUGUUCAUCUGUGAUGAUUCUUGACGAUGUUAAUAAUGCUAAUGUGGCGCAGACCGAGUGUCCAUCUUGCCACAGAAUGUUCUGUGCUCAGUGUAAGGUGGCGUGGCACGUUGGAGUUGGCUGUGAGGAGUUUCAAAGGUAUGGGAACACUAAGAAGAAGAGUAGUGAUGAAGAAGAUGCUCUGUUGGUUCAAAUGGCCAAGAAUAAGCAGUGGAGGAGGUGCCCUAGUUGCAAGUUUUACGUUGAGAAAGCGGAUGGAUGUAUGCAUAUAACGUGCAGGUGUGGAUUUCAGUUCUGUUAUGGUUGUGGAUCAGUGUGGGUUUCUACUCACGCAUGCCAAGUUCGUACCUAGAGGCCAAUCGAUGAAUAAUUGAUGUGUGUUUUCUUUUGUUAUUUUCCUAUCAAAAAUAAUUAUAAUUCAUCAUACUUUCUAAGUUAAUCAACGUUAUAUAGCUUCUCUGCGUAAGAAACUGGGGCCUAAAUGUCGAUUUUUUCGAAUGUAUUUAAAAGCAUGUUAAACCCAUUAACAUGGAUUUACAGUCGUAAAAUGUAACUGAAUUAUAUUUCCCUUUUUUGGUUUAAAAAAAUAAUAAUUUCCCUCUCCCUAAGAAAAUAACAAUGAGUUUUCAAAGGGUUAUAGAGUAG